AGAGCUUCUCCUAGCUUUUGUUUGUCAAAUUUGAUGGGAUUUUAACGGACUCAUUCUUUUCGUAACUUUUAUUUUCUUUUAUUAUUGAGCUGAAGAAAUAAAUUUUCUUAGUUAGUCUUGUUACGAUGACAAAGGAACUUUAAUAAGCAAUACAAGUUACCUAGCUAUAGUUACAUGCUUUUUUUAUUUAAAGGCAAAAAUUGUAUUUUCAGCAAUUUGGGGACUCCAAAAUUGUUUGUGCUUUGGUGCUUAAUGCUUUAAACUACUGUCCGGGUUUCUGUAGAUUCAGUGGAUUACAUGCUAGUUUGGAAAGCUUGAUUAGCGUGCAAUGUCCGCGCAAAAAGACUGCGAGUUUUUGGUGAAAAGAGCUCGGGAGCUGGUCUCGGUUGACUCCUGUGCAGCUAAAGCCUGGCUAAUAACCGCCAGAACCCUUUAUCCUACAGAUUUCAACAUUCAGUAUGAAAUGUACACCAUUGAGCGCAAUGCGGAGAGAACAGCAUCAGCUGGGAGACUGCUAUAUGACAUGUUUAUAAACUUCCCUGAUCAACCCAUUGUUUGGCGUGAGAUUGGUGUCAUUACUGCUGCUCUGCGCAGUGACUCCCAAGACAAGCAUGCCCAGUUUCUACGAGGACUUUUUGAGACCCUGCCUGGUCGUGUACAAUGCGAGAUGCUACUAAAAGCCACAGAACAAUGUUUUAACACCCUGGAGAAAGCAGAAAUGUUAUUGCUACUUCUCAAGCGCUUUCCAGAGUCUGUGGUCCAACACGGGCUUAGUUUAGGUGAGACACUACUGGACGCAGAAGCAUCAGAGAAUGUAGACACUCCUGUCAAUUGUUUCCGAAAACUCUUUGUAUGUGAUGUCCUUCCUUUGAUCAUAAACAAUAUGGACAUUCGUCUCCCUGCGAGCCUGAUGCAGAAGUACAUACUGAAAGCUGCUGAAUUUUAUAUUGGAUAUGUUACCCGAGGCCCCUCAGCUGAUGUGCAGCUACAGGGCUCCCAGGAAAGUGGGAAUCUGAAGUCACCCGGCGUGUCUCGCGGCUCUCAGCGUUAUGUGAUUGAUGGUUUGUCAGAAAAAUCCUCACUGGUUGCAGAUCCUUGGGAGAGGCUGCUUGAAUUACUUGCUGUGGUUGGAGUUCGCUGUGAGUGGCAAGGAGACAAAGGACAAAGGAGUUUUGUGGACAUGCUGCAGAGAAUGAAAGAAUUGUGUCGCUACCUCCCAAGUUUGGAUGGAGAAACCAGAUCUCGCUACUGCAGCCAAGUGGUCAUCUGUGGAGCUCUCACCCUUUUCCGUAGUGCCUUCCUCUAUGUUUCAGCUGUACAACCCACACUGUUUCAGGGAGUUGGUGGUGUGAGUACGGGGCCAUGGAUCCUGGUGGAGGACCUGAGCUCAGUGUACAGCGAUGUAGAUCUGGAUAAAGGACCAGUGAAACACGCACAGAAGAAACGCAAACAGGCUGACGGGAGAGAAAAGACAAUGAGCUCAGAUGAUGAGGAAGGUUUGGGAAAGGGCCGUGGUCGACACAUUUUGGUCAAUAAGACCGAGAUGCCUAAUUGGGCGGAGACUCUGGAGGGCUUUCGCACUGCACGAGAAAGCUGGGACCUCCUUCACUCUCACGAUGGUCUGGAAACUGAGUUUAAGAAGAUCUGUGCAUCAUGGAAGACAGACAGCUGGUUAUGGUUUAGAAUAUUCCUCACAGAUAUGAUUGUGUUUCAGGGCCAAUAUCGGAAAGCUCUUUCCAGUUUGCAUCAAAUGUCUGCUGUGCAGCAGCACCAGCCGGGGCAGCAGAGUCCGUUGGGCCAGGGAAGUCUGGAGCAUCACAGGGUCCUCAUACAGCAGGCGUCAUGUCACUAUGCACUUGGAGAGUACAGGAUGGCUUGUGAGAAAUUGCUUGAUGUUGUAAGUGGACUGAUUCCUCCAAACCAAGACCAGGCGAAGUCUCCUGAAGAUCACAACAGAAUCCGAAGCAAAAGCAGGAAAGGUAAUGACCUUAGAUUGCUUCCGUGCACCAACAAAGCUGUUCUACCGUUCUGUCUCCAACUGAUGCUAGCUUGCUUCAAGCUCCGAGCCUUCACAGAAAAUCGUGACGACUUAUCCCUCGGUCACGUGGUGGUGCUCCUGCAGUACGACUGGCCACAGGGAGAGAUGCUGUUCUUAAAGUCAGUGGAAAAAAUCUGUCUCCAAGGAAGUUUCCAAUAUGAGAAUUUCUUCAACUAUGUUACCAACAUUGACAUGCUGGAGGAGUUUGCGUACCUGCGCACUCCAGAGGGAGGAAGGAUUCAGCUGGAGCUGCUGCCCAAUCAGGGAAUGCUCAUUAAGCACCACACAGUGACCCGAGGGAUCACCAAAGGAGUCAAGGAGGAUUUUCGUCUGGCUAUGGAGAGGCAGGUGUCACGCUGUGGAGAAAACCUGCUGAGUGUGCUGCACCGCUUCUGCAUCAACGAGAAAAUCAUCAUCAUCCAGUCUCUUCCUUGACGCAACUUAGCUCGUCAACUUAUUUUUAUUGUUCCUGCUGUUCAAAUUAUCCAUUCACAACCUCAAGAAACUGUUUUUUUUCACUUCGUUAAACAGGAAAACACCAAAUGUCAACUUCUGCUUUCAUUUUCCCUCAUCCAGAAUAACAGUGUUUGGGACAGUUCUGUGUGCACCCAUGUGUCUGAAUCAAGAGACUCAAAUAUAUUGUAUUACUUUUGUACAUUUUAUUGUUUAUGUGAAAAAAAGUUUGUUUCUAAUUUGGAUAUUUACAAUAAAUGUCACAUUCUGGGUAAA